AUGACCACUUCAGAAUGGAUUAAUCUAUUUUGUUUGCUUCUUGUUUUCCUAGUCAGGCCAGUUUUAACAAAUGUUACUGCUACUGUUCCGGAAUUUCGAGAUUGGGUUGAGGAUCGUUACAUUGAUUGUAUAUUCUGCAUUGAUUACGAUAACUUCAAGUUGACAAGUGUUACUGGAUGCGCCUCCACGAAUCCAAUCACUUGCCGAGGAAACAUAUGCUUUAUGCGACAGCAUAAAAGCAACGUCUUUUUCCUGUACACAAGUGGCUGCCUUAAUCUCACCAAAAUAGAAUAUGAGGAGAUAGCAAAUGAACGAAAACAACUAAAUGGUGAAACAAACUUAACAUUUGAAGAAACACUACUUUGUGAGGUAUCCAAGAAGUCAAAUACUUGCUUAUGCACGGAUUCUGGUAGAUGUAACAAUGUAAGCAUACCUGCACCGUUCAGUGAAUUUCAUACCGCAUCACUGUUCGGUCGAUUGCAAUUCCACGAAAUGCUACAUUUUCGAAUGUUCAUACCGAAUGAACCAGUUCUUCGGCAUUCUGACAUUGACGAGUUGGAUCAACUGCUUCACUACUACGUUCCUGGAAACCUAAAUCCGGAAGAAGAAGGACAAAAGUCUGGAGACAAUUUCAAAAAUCAGGCUAAGGAAGGUGUGAAAGUCACAAUUCCGGAGAAGAGUGCUGAACAGGUGACAAGUGGAGAUGAAGACGAAGAUGAUGUACCAGUGCAGAAAUCUAGAUGUGAUAAGUUCAUUGAUUACUUGUUCUGCAGAGGUGAUCUAGCUAGCAAAACACUUGCACGGAAGCCAGUGCCUCUCUUAGGAUUGUUCCGCUACACAACUAAAUUCGAUGUCAUCUUACUGAUUCUGGGUGCAGUUGGAGCAAUUAUAAGUGGUUGCUGUCAGCCUUUCCUGGCAUUGAUUUCUGGAAAAGUAUUCGGUGUUCUAACAAGUGGAAACAUGACAAACAAUAUAGCUGCAGAGCAGGAGCUCUUCACAUAUGUCUACAUCUACGUUGGUGUAGGAAUCUUCAUUCUACUAGUUCAGUUUGUGCAGUUUCUCUGCUUCUAUACGGUGUGUUGUCGACUGAUUGCAAAGAUUCGACAUCAUUACCUCAAGGCCAUAUUGCGGCAGAAUGCCGGCUGGACCGACAAGCAUCAUAGUGGAGUCUUGACAACUCAGCUGAAUGACAACGUUGAACGAAUUCGCGAAGGUGUUGGCGAUAAGAUGGGAUUACUGCUUCGUGGAUUCGCGAUGGUCUUCGCUGCACUCAUACUUUCCUUCGCAACUGAGUGGAGAUUGGCGCUUUUCAUGUGCCCUGUAGCACCACUUUCAUGCUUUUGCAUGGGAAUUAUGUCACGGAAAAUAUCCGAAUCUACCUCCAAAGAGCUUAAAGAUGUCGGAAAAGCUGGUGCUAUCGCAGAAGAAGCUGUAUUGGGUGUUAAGACGGUACAAGCUCUGAACGGUCAAGAAGAAAUGGUAGAAAGAUAUGGCAGAGAACUCUGCAAGGGGAAAAAUCACGCUAGGACAAAGUGUUUUUGGAGCGGGUUUUGGGGCGGAAUUUUCUACAUAGUCUUGUUCUUAUUCAUUGGAGGCGGUUUCUUGUUCGGCGGUCACUUGGUCAGGAUUGGCGUUAUCACAAACACAGGUGAUGUGGUAACCGUCGUCAUAUCCAUGAUGAUUGGGGCAUAUUUCCUCGGCGUGAUUUCACCUCAUCUUAUGGUCUUGUUAAAUGCACGUGUAGCAGCUGCAGCAAUCUACCAUAUAAUUGACAGAAUCCCAGAAAUUGAUGUUUACUCAUCGGAAGGAAAACUUCCACUACAAAUUCGAGGAGAUAUUCAAUUCAGUGAUGUACACUUCCGCUACCCAACAAGAAAAGACGUAAAGGUCCUCAAUGGCCUCAAUAUUACCAUACGAGCAGGUGAAACAGUUGCAUUUGUGGGACACAGCGGUUGUGGAAAAUCAACUGCUGUUGGUCUUAUUACACGACUUUACGAAGCAGAAUCUGGCACGGUAGAAAUCGAUGGCAAUGACGUGCGUAGUGUGAACAUAGAAUGGUUGCGUAACAUAGUCGGUAUCGUCCAGCAGGAACCAACAUUAUUUAAUGGAACUGUUGAGGAGAAUCUCCGGGUAGGAAGCAUUUCUAUAACAAGCGAGGAAAUGAUUCAUGUAUGUAAAAUUGCAAACGCACACGAUUUCAUCAUGAAACUGCCUAAGGGCUACUCUACCGUCAUUGGAGAAGGAGCAGUGCAAUUAUCCGGUGGUCAAAAGCAGCGUAUUGCAAUUGCACGCACACUUGCACGGAAUCCACGAAUCCUGCUACUUGACGAGGCGACGUCUGCACUUGAUGCCAACAGCGAAAGCAUUGUCCAGCAAGCCCUUGAUAAUGCGUCAGAAGGACGAACUACGAUUGUUAUUGCGCAUCGUCUCUCCACAAUCCGCAAAGCUGAUAAAAUUGCAGUUUUUGAAAAAGGGAUAAUCAUAGAGCAAGGAACCCACCAAGAACUCAUCGAAUUAGGUCAACGGUAUGCAGAGUUGGUUCGAGCGCAACGGCUUCAACCUGAGGCAGACGAAAAUCUGCCGCCUGAAGAGCGGCAAGACGAAGAUGAGAUUUUGGAGGGAGAAGUGACCCGUAAAAGCAGUGAAAACCUCUCGAUUGGCAGCUCAGCGUUUGUUAGAGGAGUUCUUGCUCAGGACUCUUUCAGCAGGAGCAGUUAUGUUAUGUCCACUGGUGAGCAGAUUACUGUCACUCCUGAAAGUGUUGCGUUUGAACAGCAAGUACAAGCGGACAUGGUUCAAGAUGGACAGAUCAGAGCCGGUUUAGCAAGCGUAUUUGCAAACGCAAAAGCGCACUACUGCACAAUGUUCCUUUCGCUAAUAGCCGCAAUAGGUCGGGGAUUGGAGCAUCCUUCUAUGGCAUUUGUCUACGCCAUGGUAUUUGAAGCUUUUAAACAAUACGACGACAAUAUAGAGAUGAUGAUACCAAGUUUGGUUAUUUGCUUCGUUAUUUACAUCUCUAUUGGAAUUGGCACCUUCGCACUUCAAUUUAUUGCAUCUAUUCUGUUUGGAAAAGUGUCUGAAGAGCUAACAUUAUCUUACAGAAUGAAGGCAUUCCGGAAUAUUCUCUACCAGGACGCGGCUUACUUCGAUAAUCCACAACACGCACCAGGUCGCCUUAUCACAAGAUUAGCUACGGAUGCUCCCAAUGUCAAAGCUGUUGUUGACAGUCGAAUGAUGCAUGUCAUCUACAACAUGACAUCAUGGGCAAUAUGCAUUAUCCUUGCAUUCACUUCGUGUUGGCAAAUAGGAGUUGUUGGACUCGUACUGAGUGUUACCCUGGGUAUUAUAAUGGUUUCACUGGCAAGAAUCAUCCAGAAAAUGAAUCUCCUUAUAGUGAAGGAAAAUCAAAGUGGAAAGGUCUCCAUUGAAAUUAUUGAAAAUGUUCGGACUAUACAGUUACUUACCAGAGAACGUUACUUCUACAACAAAUACGAGACUGCUUCGAAAGAACAAAAACGAAAUGAAAUAAGAAAAGGCUAUUAUGAGGCUGCAAGUUUCUCUAUAUCGCAAACAUUCGUCUACUUCUCAUUGGCUGCUGCACUAGCGGUUGGGAUUCCGCUCAUAAUAAGAUGGGAAUUUGAUCCUCAAGACGCUUAUAGAGCAGUAUUUACUGUACUGCUUUCCUGUUUGGGAGUGAUGAAUAGUUCCACAUUAUUCCCUGAGUUCACAAAAGCUCGAACAGCAGCUGGAUUGUUGUUCAACAUGAUCAAUCGACAACCAAGAACUGGAGACAUCAAUGAGGGAAUCAAAGCGACCCUCAGAGGAAACUUGCUCUUCGAAGAUGUGCAUUUUUCCUAUCCUCAAAGACCUCAUCAACCAAUAAUGCGUGGACUUCAGUUCACUGUUCAAAAGGGUCAGACAGUAGCAAUUGUUGGACCCUCUGGAUCUGGAAAAAGUACUGUGAUUUCGCUACUAGAACGCUUUUAUGAUCCUGCCACUGGCGCUGUCCGUUUCGAUGGACAAGAUAUUCGCAAACUAUCUUUGCGACACGUCCGGACGCAAGUCGCUCUUGUUGGACAGGAGCCAAAGCUAUUUGCUGGCACUAUAAAGGAAAACAUCUGCUUAGGCCUGAAACGUGUUGACGAUGCAAAAAUUCGAGAAGCUAUCGAGAUCGCAAAUGCAUCAAAAUUCCUCAGCAAUCUUCCACAGGGACUCGACACUGAGGUUGGAGAGAAAGGAACUCAGCUGUCUGGCGGACAAAAACAACGCAUUGCUAUUGCUAGGGCUUUGGUUCGGAAUCCAGUCAUUCUACUUCUGGACGAGGCAACAAGUGCUUUAGAUUCAGAAAGCGAAAAAGCAGUCCAAGAGGCACUUGAACGAGCACAAGCUGGAAGAACAUGCAUAAUAAUUGCUCAUCGCCUGUCUAGCAUACAGAAGGCAGACGUCAUCUUAUAUGUGGAAAAUGGAAAAGUGCGAGGAAGCCGUGUCGAAAUGGCUCUCUGGCCUUCUCGUAUGCACCCGCGAGUUCUGGAUGACUGCUUCCAUGAUAUAGAUCGCAUGGAAAGACGUAUGAUGCAUGAUCUGGAGCGUGGAAUCAUGCCAUACUGGAGAGAUGCGGACCAUUCCAUUCUUCACGUGGCUAAUCAGACUCAAGAGGUGGUCAACGACGAUAAGAAGUUCGCUGUUUCUUUGGAUGUUUCACAGUUCAAACCCGAAGAACUAAAAGUGCAUAUCGAUGGUCGUGACCUAACAAUCGAGGGUAGGCAAGAACAGAAGAGUGAGCACGGGUACAUCGAGAGAUCGUUCGUUCGCAAGUGGGCACUUCCUGAGGAGGUGGAUCUUGAUGCGGUCCACACUCAGUUAAAUGACGUAGGACAGCUGUCCAUUGAAGCGCCAAAGACAGGGCAACACACAAACAGAAGAAAUCUUCCGAUAAUGGCUGCCCCCAAAAAGAAGUAA